AUGUCCUUCAAUGGCCCAGAAGGUCAAGGUCGCCGUCCUCCCCCAGGAAACCGACCUCCCCCUCCCCCUCCCGGCUACGGCCCUGAAGGCUUCUGGAAUUUUAUCCGCUCCAUGACCCCCAGCGGCACCGGCCCUACCUCACCUCCCAAUACUCGCCCGGGUAACGAAGGCGUAAGUGCCCAACCCCCCUUCCCGCCCUUUGGAUUUUUCGGCGGUGGCCCCGAAGGCUUCAACUUCAACCCAUCCUGGGCUAUUCCUCACAACCCUCCCCCUCCUCACCGUCGCGGGCCCCCUGGCCCUCGCUCUGGUGCCGACACCGGUGACGACUCCGACGGGCAUCACCACCAUCCCGGUCGUCACGGUAGACACGGCCGUGGAGGCCACCAUGGUCUUCACUCCCGCAGUCGAAACCACAGCCAUCCCCGCCGUGAGCCAGAGGUAGAGGAGGAUCUGUAUGACAUCUCUGCCGCCGCCGGGGCAGCUGAGCACGACCUCACGGGGGCAUACGACCGUGCUCGGGAGAGGGAGAAGGAAACGGAGAAUGAUGACGACAUGAAGAGCACCUCGACCUUGAGAGACGGGAUCGACACCCCUACUACGACUACCUUUGAGGAUGAGAAAGAAAAGGAGAGGGAGCACCCUGAUCCUCCUGAGGACAUCCCCUCUGCUUCUUCCGGUCCCGGCCAUCGAGGUCGGUGCCGUGGUGGGCCCGGAAGAAGGGGUCGCUGCGGACGUGGGUUUGGGGGCGGGAGACACAAUUCUUGGGGAUGGGGCAGCGGACCAAAUGGAUUUGGGGCUGAAUUCGGCAGACCUCCUUUUGCGCCGCAUUUUGGACCGGGAGGUGGUUUCGGUGGGCCGAGACAUGCUUCUGGGCCGCAGAUUGAUAUCGGGAGUGCGGUGAGGGGGCUGGGGAAUUUGGGGUGGGUGAUGGGACAGCACCCUUUGGCCAAGGGGCUGAGGGAGUACUUCUCUGGUGGGCAGAGCAACGGGGAGAAUAAUGGAGGGGAGGAGGGGGUGUUGUUUGAGGGAGAGGAGACUGCCAGCCCGCCGGCGGAUGUGUUUGAUUCGAACAAUGCUUGGGCUGUGCACGUUGCUGUUCCGGGGGCGAAGAAGCGGGAUGUGGGUGUUCAUUGGGACAAGGAGAGAGGUGUGCUUGUGAUUAGUGGGGUGAUCUACAGGCCUGGAGAUGAGGAGUUUUUGAAGGGGCUGGUUACAGCGGAGAGGACGGUUGGGUUGUUCGAGAAGAAGAUCAAGAUGCCGCCUGCGGAGACGGAGAACAGUGAUGUGGAGGUGGAUGCGGAUGGGAUCAGUGCAAAGCUGGAGGACGGUGUCUUGUUUAUUGUCGUUCCCAAGAAGAAGAAGGAGAAGGGCACUGGGGAGAUCAAGAGAAUUCAAGUGCUUUAA